AUGGUACAAAUUCGCCUGCUGCUGGGUGAGGCUGAUGAGCAGCCGGGGCCGCGCGUGGCUCUGCUCCGCACGCCCAGCGGGAUGCUCUCACCCCCCGGGCACCGGGACGGCACCGUCCCCGCUCACCGCCGCUACGGCGCCUCCAAAAAGGCCGGGCAGCUCUUCACGUUCUCCCAAGUUUCUGCUGCCACAGGUGCCUCCGCAGUCACGGAUGCGGGGGAGCGCACAGCCUGGGCUCCCGGGCCCCCGGAAUUACCGGGGAGUUUUCAGCUGGGGGUGACCGAGGAGAUGGAGCGCGAGCGGCGCAGGCCGUGUGUCAGAGCAGGACUCGGGGAGAUGCUGCACAGCCGGCACCGGCAGGAGCUGCCCCCGCCCGCAGGCACAGACCAUCACUGGGAAGAGGCAGAGGUCGGCACGGACGGGCUCAGGGCCCUCUCCGGUGUGAGCGCCGGCGUUUUCCCGGCGGGGACCCCGCGCCACAGCCACGCGCAGCGAGCCCGGCGCGCACGUUUAAAACUUGCUUAUAGCCUGAAGCGCGACCAUAAAAAUGACAUCGGAGCACGCCUGAUUUAUUCGGUCACCGGUGAUUUCCAGGACAAGUUUGCUGAGUUUGCAGAGUCUCAGCAAGGAGGAAUCUUUGAGUAUGCGGAUGGCCCCAAUACCCAGGUUAUGAGUGCUGAGGAGCAAGCCUUCAGAUUUUCUGCCAAUAUUAUUAAUAGAAACAGAACUUUGUUGCCUAACACAACACUAACCUAUGACAUUCAGAGGAUACACUUCCACGACAGCUUUGAAGCCACUAAGAAAGCCUGUGACCAGCUCGCUCUGGGGGUCGUGGCAAUAUUCGGACCUUCCCAAGGCUCCUGUACCAAUGCCGUCCAGUCUAUCUGCAAUGCCCUGGAAGUGCCCCACAUCCAGCUCCGGUGGAAGCAUCACCCGUUGGAUAACAAGGACACUUUCUACGUCAACCUCUAUCCCGACUACGCCUCGCUCAGCCACGCCAUCCUGGACCUCGUGCAGUAUUUGAAAUGGAGGUCAGCCACCGUGGUGUACGACGACAGUACAGGCCUCAUACGGCUGCAGGAGCUCAUCAUGGCCCCAUCGAGGUACAACAUCCGGCUGAAGAUCCGCCAGCUCCCGCUGGACACCGACGAUGCGCGGCCGCUGCUGAAGGAGAUGAAGCGGGGCAGGGAAUUCCGCAUCAUCUUCGACUGCAGCCACCUGAUGGCGGCUCAGAUCCUCAAGCAGGCCAUGGCAAUGGGAAUGAUGACAGAAUACUACCACUUCAUCUUCACCACUCUGGAUCUUUAUGCAUUAGACCUAGAACCAUACCGCUACUCUGGAGUGAACCUGACCGGCUUCCGGAUCCUCAACGUGGAGAACCCACACGUGUCCUCCAUCAUCGAGAAGUGGUCCAUGGAGCGGCUGCAGUCAGCGCCUAAGGCGGAGCUGGGGCUGCUCGAUGGCGUGAUGAUGACAGACGCUGCCCUGUUGUACGACGCGGUGCACGUGGUCUCCGUCUGCUACCAGCGCGCCCCUCAGAUGACUGUGAACUCCCUGCAGUGCCAUCGGCACAAAGCCUGGAGGUUCGGUGGCCGCUUCAUGAACUUUAUAAAAGAGGCUCAAUGGGAAGGACUAACGGGACGAAUCGUCUUUAAUAAAACUAGCGGUUUACGGACAGAUUUUGACUUGGAUAUCAUCAGCCUCAAAGAAGAUGGUCUCGAAAAGGUUGGAGCGUGGAGCCCUUCUGAUGGUUUGAACAUCACAGAAAUUUCCAAAGGACGAGGGCCUAAUGUCACAGACUCGCUGAGCAACAGAUCUCUGAUUGUCACCACUGUCCUGGAAGAGCCCUUUGUCAUGUUCCGUAAGUCCGACACGGCCCUGUUCGGGAACGACCGCUUUGAGGGUUACUGCAUCGACCUCCUGAAGGAGCUGGCCAUCAUCCUGGGCUUCACCUACGAGAUCCGGCUGGUGGAGGAUGGCAAGUACGGGGCGCAGGAUGAGAAGGGGCAGUGGAACGGCAUGAUCAAGGAGCUCAUCGACCACAAAGCUGAUCUGGCCGUUGCUCCUCUCACCAUCACCCACGUUCGGGAGAAAGCGAUAGACUUCUCCAAGCCCUUUAUGACCCUGGGGGUCAGCAUCUUGUACCGCAAGCCCAACGGGACCAACCCCAGCGUGUUCUCCUUCCUCAACCCCCUGUCUCCUGACAUCUGGAUGUACAUCCUCCUUGCCUACCUGGGCGUCAGCUGCGUGCUCUUUGUCAUCGCCAGGUUCAGCCCAUACGAGUGGUACGAUGCUCACCCCUGUAACCCAGGAUCAGACAUCGUGGAGAAUAACUUCACCCUAUUGAACAGCUUCUGGUUUGGGAUGGGAGCACUGAUGCAGCAAGGCUCUGAGCUGAUGCCCAAAGCACUGUCUACACGGAUCAUUGGUGGCAUAUGGUGGUUCUUCACCCUAAUUAUCAUCUCGUCCUACACGGCCAACCUUGCCGCCUUCCUGACGGUGGAGAGGAUGGAAUCCCCCAUCGACUCUGCAGAUGACUUGGCAAAGCAGACAAAAAUAGAGUAUGGAGCAGUGAAGGAUGGAGCUACUAUGACCUUCUUCAAGAAAUCCAAAAUUUCCACGUUUGAAAAAAUGUGGGCUUUCAUGAGCAGCAAACCCACAGCUCUUGUUAAAAACAACGAGGAAGGAAUCCAGCGGACCCUCACGGCCGAUUACGCCCUGCUGAUGGAGUCAACCACCAUCGAGUACAUCACCCAGAGGAACUGCAACCUGACGCAGAUCGGGGGGCUCAUUGAUUCCAAAGGCUACGGGAUUGGGACUCCCAUGGGGUCACCGUACAGGGACAAGAUCACUAUUGCCAUCCUCCAGCUCCAGGAGGAGGACAAGCUCCACGUAAUGAAGGAGAAGUGGUGGCGAGGGAAUGGCUGCCCUGAGGAUGAGAACAAGGAGGCCAGCGCUCUGGGCAUCCAAAACAUCGGUGGGAUUUUCAUUGUCUUGGCAGCAGGCUUGGUGCUCUCCGUCUUCGUGGCCAUGGUGGAGUUCAUCUACAAGCUGCGCAAAACGGCGGAGCGCGAGCAGCGCUCCUUCUGCAGCGCCAUGGCCGAUGAGAUCCGGCUGUCGCUCACCUGCCAGCGCCGGGUCAAGCACAAGCCCCAGCCACCCGUCAUGGUGAAGACGGACGCCGUGAUCAACAUGCACACGUUCAACGACCGACGGCUGCCGGGGAAGGACAACAUGACCUGCAACACGGGGUUGACACCUGUGUUUCCCUAGGGAAUGGGAGCGGGGGGCGGGAGGGAAGGAAUGGCAGCAGACAAGGCUGGAUGCACUCUUAACUAGGGAAGCAAGGAUUAAAAACCGAG